AUGGAAGAAAACGAACCAAAAAUAAAUCAAAAUAAUGCACCAGGUGCUGGACAUGUCCAAGUAACAAAUCAACCGGCGAUUGCACAACAAAAUGACAGCGGUAUCCCAGAUAUGGUACCAAGAAUAAAACUACAGGAAUUGGAGGAAGAGAAUCGCAAAAUGUUAAAUGGUUUCAAUGCCCAGAGAGCCCGACUGAAGGAGUUGUUUGUACAAAAAGAACAAGAAUUGGAAUCCCUUAAAUCCAAGUUGUUGGUAACGGAAAUUAAGGCUCAAGAGGAGAUAUCUUCAUUGCAACAAUUGGUACAGGAAACUGUUGAGGAGUCGGCCAUUUGCAAAUCUGAACUGGAAUUACUAAAGGAGGAGAAUCAACGAAUUCUGCAGGAAAAUCGACAACUUCAAGAACAUUUACAAUCAACAUCAUCAACGUCCCAGGAGUUAAGUAGCUUGGCUCCGCAAGUCCUAAAUCAAGUAAAGAAAACAAUAGCCAGAAUAGGAAAAAGUGGAGAUGGAAAUAAUGCAAGUGAAAUUGCUACGGAUGAUGUGAAAAGUAAAAUCGAAGGAAAAUAUUGCCAAGAAGAUUCCGAAGUAUUGGGCUCAAUUGUCACCCAGUUACAAGAAGAAAUGAAGGCACUAAAAGAAAAACUAAGAGAGGCUGAUGAAAAACUACAAACCACCCACAACUCCAUUGGUGCACUGGGUCAAGAGGAAGAUGCCACCCAGAAACCACUAUCCCCAGUUGCAUGUGAAAAUUGUCCCGCUUUGGAAAAAGAAAUUGAAACGCUAAAAUCCACGGAGGCAACUAAAAAUGAAAAAUUGGAAAAACUUAAAAAACAAUUAGAAGAAAUCCAAAAGGAGUUGGAAAAAGAGGCCGAGUUGCGAGCAGUUUUGGAAAACCAGUGGCAAGAGAAACGUGAGGCUCAUAAAAAUGAAGUACAUGUGCUAAGGGAACAGGUCACCACCAAUGAACAACAACUCUUGGAACUGCAACAGAAAUUCCUGGAAACCAAAGAUGAAGUAUCACGCCAGUUGCAACGUCUCGGUGAAGAACGUGAAAAAGUUAACAAACAUUUGGAACUGCUACAGGCCGAUAAUGAUUUCUUAUCGGGACGUUAUUUGGCCACAGCCGAGGAAAUUGAAAGCCAAUAUAUAAAUUUGCCAAAUAAUGUCGAAGAACUGCAGGAGAUAAUUCUGCGUCAACAAAAUGAAUUGAUACAGGCACGUUUGGGUUGUGACUAUGAGAGGAAACGUUGUGUAACAUCACUGGAUGAAAUACAAAUUUUGCGAGACCAACUGGAGGCUAGUAAUAGUGAAAGAGCAGCUUAUAAGAAGAAAGUUCAAACAGAGAUUAGAUCGCUACAAGAUCGCAUUACCCAACACAUGAUGACCUUGCAAAAUUGUGAAUCAGCCAAAGUGGCUUUGGAACGCAAGGAAGCUGAACAGAAUCGUCAGAUAUCAGCAUUUAGAGUGGAAAUUAUUGAAUUAAGGGAUCAGAAUGAAAAAUUAACCAAGUCCCUGGCCGAUGCUAAGGCAAAAAUAAAAAAUCUGCAAGAUGAUUUAGCCACCAGUGAAGAAGUACAAAAAGAUUUUGUUCAGUUAUCUCAGACACUGCAGAUGAAUUUGGAACAAUUACGACAUUCCGAUUCUGAGGUACGUUGGCAGGAUGAUGAUGAUGUAUCCAAUUGUCCGGCAUGUAAAAACUAUUUUACGGUUACCGUACGCAAGGUGCAUUGUCGCCAUUGUGGCCAUAUCUACUGUGAUAAGUGUAUAACCAAAACAGUGCAAUCUGGACCACGUAAACGACCAGCCCGUGUGUGUGAUAUCUGCCAUACUCUGCUGAAACCUAAUAUAGCUCCAUAUUUUAGUCAAGAAUCAUCGGCGCAAUCACAACAAACGGCUUCCAAUAAUACUUAG